AUGAUUAGCAAUGAAUAUUUUUCACGCAACUUGCUUAAAAUAAUUGGUCUGCUGUGUCUUCCCCGCAGAAUCCUAGUUGGUGUGUCAGGGGGAGUUGACUCAAUAUGUCUAGCUUUUUUACUAAGUGAAUAUAGAAAGCGAUAUCAACCUGAGUUGGAGAUAACCGCAGUCACAAUUGACCACUCGUAUCGCCAUGAAUCUAAUCGAGAAGCCAUAUCGGUGGGAGAGCAGGUAAAGAAGUGGGGACUUAAUCAUAUCAUUAGGAAGUUGGAAUAUGACAAACCGGUCCACAGUAUUUCUAAUUUUGAAGAGGUGGCACGCCAGAAGAGAUUCGAAGAAUUUAGAUCAGUUAGCAAGGAGAUAAAAUCGAAAUUCAUAUUCGUUGGUCAUAACCAGGAUGAUCAGAUAGAAACGUAUCUUCAAAGAUUGCAGCAAGGGUCCACCUUAUUUGGACUUCGUGGUUUGCAACUGUUUACGCCCCUACCAAUGCCCGCUGAAGAUCCUGCGGACGUAAACAUCUUUCUUGUGAGGCCAUUGCUUGGGUUUAGUAAGGAAGAGAUUAGGUCUAAUUGUUGCGAGCGAGGUAUUGAGUGGUUUGAAGAUAAGACGAACAAUGAUAUUUUUUUGACAAAGCGAAAUAGAUUGAGAUUCUUGGUAAAGGAAGUGUCUACUGGAAUGUUAUCUUCAAAUUCCCUGAUACUUUUGAAACUGAAUCUUAUAAAAACUCACAAUGAAGUCGUACGUUAUACUGAUAAAGUCGAUCAGCAUGCAAAAGAGUUGUAUAAGACGAUUGAAAACUCUUUAACUUUUAAUAAGGGGAAUGGGAGCCUAGUGCUAAAUAUUCCAAUUCGUUUUAUGACCCAUGAAAUGGAUUUGAUCCUAAGCAGACUUCUUUAUUGGUUGCUUUAUCCGAUAUCAUCUAUCAAGCAUUACCAUUGGGCAUAUGCAAAGAUUGAGCGACAAAUGGUGCCGAAAUUAAUAAGGUUAAAAGAAGGAAACGAGAAUAGAAUAAAACUUGUUUGUUUAAAUUUGACUAUUGUGGCAGCAGUCAACCAUAAAACGGGAAAUAUAAUGUUAACCUGUUUUAGACAACCUCUUCUAAAGGAAGAUAAUUUUAGGAAUUCCUUAAGUAUCACGUCGUCACUGACAUGGGGUCAUUGGAUUUUGUUUGAUAGAAGAUUCUGGCUUCGAUUUCGGCUGCCUUUUCAAUUCUGCUUACGCAUAGUUCCUUUUACGAAAAAUAUACAUACGAGCCUUUUAAAUGAGGUUUGUGACAUAAAAGAGCGCCAUAUUGAAGGUGAAUAUUUGGAAGGAGUUCCAUUGGUUUUUAAGGAGAAUUCAUUAGUAUCUGUACCAACGUAUGACUUGUUUAUUGAAAAAAAUAUAGAGGUUGAAUGGUGCUUGAAGCAACAUCGUUUAUAG